AUGGAAGAAGAAGUUGUGUACUUUAAUAAUGGAAGAAAGGAAUUCAAUAAGAUUGCUGACGAAAAUCCCGGGUAUAAAAGGAUAUACUUAAAUAUAAAAAAUAAGGAGAGAAUUACGGAAAUAACUCUUUCGAAAGAAAGAGGUGACAUUCUAUAUAUUCUAAGCAGCAUAGAAAAGAAAAAAUACACUGAUUAUUUCAAAAGGAAGGCAAAAAAUGAAGUGGUUUCCGCAGCCAAAGGGAAGAAAGAAGAUAAAGAUCAACCUCCCAAAAGGACAAAGCAAACAACGCUGUUUGAUUUCAUUAAGAAGUAA